AGACGCAUCGCCGCGCUCCGUAACCGGUGUACACCGCGUCUGCUCACCGAAACCGAUUAUCGUGUGCGUUCUCGUUUAUACCCGUCGUACGAUAUUUACACAUGUAUAUGUGAUAAUAUAAACGUACUUCUCCUGUAUUUAUAUUAUUGUAUAGCCAUAUAGGUAUCGCGAGAGACACUGUUCCAUACGUUUUUUGUAACCGUUUCCGAAUAAUAAUAAUAAUAUACGUUUUUCUUCUGUGCAAUACGCUCGCAAGUGAAUUAUAUUUUACCUAUAUAGAUAUACGCGUGGCGUUCCUAAAUCGCCAAUUAUUUACGGCGAAAUCUCAUGUAGACGGUUUACUGAAUAUUGUGCGUGCGUUUUGGUUUUUACUCACUUAAUAUUACCUAUUAUUGCUUUGCCCAGAGUUUUCCCGCCUUCUACCGGACCAGGUUCGACGUUAUUCGUUCAAAAUUGGCCGCAUCAAGCAGAAUCCGGUUCGUGUAGCCACUGGCGAAACGGCUGCGCACGACUUGUUAAGUACCGAUUUGCCAAUUGACUGUAUGAAAAUGACGAUGGAUGCCACAGACAGCGCAAGACUUGGCUUAAACUUGAAUUUGAGCGUGCAACCUCAAUCAUAUCAUUGGAUUCAAUCACCUAAAGGUACUGAUGACGAGGAUGAAGAUGACCGUAGAAGAGUGGAUGACGAUUGUUCACCGGAAGAAGAACCGGAUAUCCUGGAAAUGCAGAGAGAAGAACGUGAAACUCUUAAUCAGUUGGCUCGUCGUUUGGCAAGUGGAUCACAUGGACUGAUGGGAAGUCACACUGCGUCUAUGUUACAACAUUUUGCUUACCGUCAUCCUAAUGGGAUACCUAUGUCUGAUCAGAUUGUCAUGCCAAUACCCUCUAGACGACCGGCCAAUAUAGAAUCACCACCGGGAUCUAGUCGAUCAGGUGACACACCUCUUGGUCAUGAAUAUACGCCGGAAAAUGAGUCGUCUCUGUUGGCCAGAAAGGGUGAAGCACAAUCGUGGACUUUUGAAGAACAGUUUAGACAGCUAUAUACUGCGGGCAACGAGACAGACAGACGCAGUUUCCUGGAUUCACUGUUUAGUUACAUGCAGGAACAAGGGACUCCGAUAAGCCGACUACCCAUCAUGGCUAAACGUGUGUUGGACCUGUACACGCUGUACAAACUGGUCGUACAAAGAGGAGGAAUUGUGGCGGUCAUCACUAAAAAAUUGUGGCAAGAGAUAAUUCGAGGCUUGGGCUUACCUCCGUCCAUCACCAGCGCGGCUUUCACGUUGAGAACUCAAUAUGUCAAGUACCUGUACGCGUACGAGUCGAAAAUGAAUCAGUUCAGCUCGGUAGACGAACUGAAUAUGGCCAUAGCCGGAAACCGGCGCGAGGGCCGCCGGAACAAGUCUCUGAUGUCCGAGUACAUGCCCGCGCUCCCAGCGACCACGGUUGCCGGCCACCUGCAUCACCACGGCCAACUGUCGUCGGCGGCGCACGGCCAACACCACCACAAUCACCAGCAACAGCAGCACCAUCACCAGCAACAGCAGCACCAUCACCAGCAGCAGCAACAGCACUACGCCAACGUGCUAGCCGCCGACGAUCGGUUCCGCCACUUGGCCGCCGCCAUCAUAGACAACAGCAGACACCGCGCCGCCACGGAACAGGGCAGACAGCAGCCGCCGCCGUCGUCGUCGUCGUCGUCGCCGCGGCCCGGCAGUCCGAUGCAACGACUGUCCCAGCUGCAGCCGCCGCCGCCGUCCGCGGCCGCCGAAGCGUCGCCGUUGUUCAACGGCCACCAACUGCAAUUGCCGCCGUACCAAUCGGCCACGAUGAUGGCCGCCGCAGCGCAUCAGGUAGCGGCCGCCGGCGACCACAGCAGCAAGCAGAGAGAAAUUCUCAGUAUGUUGAUGUGGAUGGACUUAAUGAGAGUUAAUCAAACAGCAGCUAUUCCAAGACUUUCAAUACAAAACUUGCAACAGUCGUGCAGCCCGUCGCCAUACGCCACCGUACCAGCCGCGAUGAAUCUACAACGUCAGUCUCCGGUCGCGUUGCAUUCAAAUAACGGACCGGAACAGUGUGAGGCGUUGAAUUUAGGUAAAAAAGAUCAAGGGACGAACAACAAUAACGCAGGUGAAAACGAGGACGAACCGGAUCAAAAACGCAUCAAGAAGGAACGGUCGCCACGGGUUAUCGUGGCUAGUCGUCCCGCCAGUCCCGAGAUGACGAGCCCUGAAAGAUUUCCGGCGCCAACCAUAAAUAGUCCGAUUCGGGAGUCAUCUGCAUCGCCUGAACGGUAUGGUGACGACAAAGCGGCGGACAGCAACGGUACAAUCGAAAUGGACAUCAGCGUGUCGGCCGGUACGCCUAGCGGUCUCAAAAUAAACGUUUGUAAAAGAACAAAAAAUGGAAUUUACAAAGGUCAACUUGUCAAAGUUGAAUCAGAAUUAAAUGGAGGAACGAAGAACACUAGACCCUUUAUUUUGCGCCUCAAUGGUGAACUCUACACAGGAUGCCUACAACAACAAAGCAGUCUUGAUAAUCAUGACGACCAACAUUCUAGUUAAAAUAGUAGACGUUGAUAAGUACAACGAAUGAUUUUUUUUCUGUAAAUAUAAUAUUAAAUAAUAGUUUAGAAGACAGUUAAGUAACA